UCCGGUGCAGAAAAGCUAAAGCGGUGUAGCAUCCUUUCCGAAAAUAAAUGAAACAUAAACGUUUACAUGUGUGAACACCAGCAGUGUUUAUGGAGAGAUGAUAGACAAACUGAGAGCACCUGGAAACGUCGCUCCAGGAGACGCAUCUUCUAAUCAUUUCGCCAAUUACCGGCCAAUUAGCUCACGAUAGCCACUGGUGUAGGCAGGAAAACAGAUUUCCUCGAGUCUCCUACGAAGAGACGAUCAUCGUCGUGUCCGAGAUGAGAAGAAGCUGCACGGAGACGGCACAGUCGAGAAGCAUGCGUGCAGUGUUUCCUUCCGCCGACGCUGCGUAACUCGAUCCAACCGCACAGGACGUUUGCACUCGCUAAAUACAUUUCAUCUCAGCUGUUCGAUCACCCUUUCCAACACUCUCUUUGAACGACAGCCGCUUGUGUGAGCCGUGACGUCAAGCGAGCCGUGGCAGCGGGAAGGAUGGAUACCCACGGGUGAGACAGAGGUGAAAGUUGUAUUGUUGAACGCGCGGCUCGUGUCUCGGCGGGAGGCUCGCCAGGGUGCCAGAUUGCGAGAUAAAGUAUUCGAAUGACUUGAAUUGUCUGUUGAUUGGUUACAUUUGCGACCGCGCCUCAGAGGACCAAUCGUGACCUUAGUAAUUCAGCCCCCUGCAAUGUUAUUUCCACAUUUUAGACCUCGUCGUAUUACACCACUUCAUUUCGAGCUCGACGAGUGCAGGUGACGACUUGUCGUUGGCAGUCCUCACAUUUCUCUAGGAGAUCGACUCGUCGUCGCAGCAGGAAAAAAACGAGAAGGUUUCUAGAUGAUGGCAGCAACUCAUCCGAUGGUGGGAGUGCACCCUGCCGCAUCUCUGGGAUCCAUGUUCUAUAUGAACUCGCAGGUGUCGCAUGCAGUCGGUCUGCCCGCUGCGCCUACAUCUGUCGCUUCCAAUUUCUGUGCGUCUCGUCCGUUUGUCGAGUUGCAGUCGUCGUCUCGUGACAUCACGAGCCAUUCUCAGCAGGGGAGCUAUUCGGCACCUAUUUCUCACAGUCAUCUUCCGUUCAAUCUCGCUUCCUCGUGCGACUUCGCUCCGCGCUGCAGAGACGUCAACUACCAUCAUCACGGACAUUUUCAGUCUCUUCCGCAGCAUCCCGUCGUCUCGCAGGGAGAUCAUCGCGAUUUCUACGUUCCGCAGUUGCCGGCGAGUUGGCUGGUUCCGAGUCAUGCCAAUGGAGCCGAUCACGCCGGGUUCCCGCUGCGUCCCGAACCGAUCUCGUAUACUACCGCCCCUGACGUCAAUCCUCACAUGGCAAACCACGUGUGCAUGUGGGUGGAGCCAGAAAUGCAUCCAAGACAGUGCGGACGACGAAUUUCUACGAUUCACGAACUCGUCUCGCAUAUUUCCGUCGAUCAUAUUGGCUGUCCCGAUUCGACCAACUAUGCGUGUCACUGGCAAGAUUGUCCGCGGGAGGGGAAGCCAUUCAAAGCCAAAUACAAACUGGUCAACCAUAUCCGUGUUCACACAGGAGAGAAGCCAUUUCCGUGUCUAUUUCCAGGCUGCGGGAAGUUGUUUGCAAGAUCAGAAAAUCUCAAGAUCCAUAAACGCACCCACACCGGUGAAAGACCGUUUGUUUGCACGUGGCCUGAAUGCGGUCGCAGAUUUGCCAAUUCGAGUGACAGGAAAAAGCACUCACAUGUGCACACUUCAGACAAACCGUACAAAUGCAAGGUGGAAAAUUGCGACAAAAGUUACACUCAUCCCAGCUCUCUCAGGAAACACAUGAAAGUCCAUGGCAAAGCAACUAUCCCCAUGGCGACGGAAUUUAUGCACCACGCGUCUGGACUGACUGUCUCUGAUGCAGGGAAGUUCUCCGAAUGGUGCAAAUAUGGAUAUCUUACGCCUCCAAACAGUACCAAAUCUCCUUGCUCACCUGGAAACCGUAGUCUGCAUACAUUCAACUAUAGUCCUGCUUAGACUCAUACAGACCCCACUAGCUUGACAGUUCUACAGAUUGAUAGUGUUUUAUGAACAGUUUUUAUUGAACAGCUAACAGUUUGAGAGUUUUAUGGUAAUUUAUUAAUUACGGAUUGUUGCCACAAACCUUGAUAUGUUCUAUUGCUGAGUAGUACUAGCUGAGAUCAGAAUUGUAGUUACUGUAUAUCAAAAUGAUUGCCAUGGCAGGAAGAAUGUAAAUAUAUUGUAGGAAGCUAAUUAACCAAACAAUAUAUUAAUAGACAAAUCA